GGUGUAGUAGUAACCCCUUUUAAAAAUCCUACGCCAGCACAAAAUUUGCUAGAAGUUAAGUUUCUUCAGAAUCCACCCGUUUUGUCUUCCACUUCUGGUCUCACACUGUAGCGUUUAAAUCUCGCGCGCUUUCCUUAGAUUGGCCACCUCGGGACGCGGUGGGCCGAUUACGUGCUAUCACUCCUCCUCGCCGUCUUCCCCCGGGCAAAAGGUUUUCAAAUUCUACCAAUCGCCGGGCGCGCUCCCUCAACCAAGGGACGUCAGGGAAGGGUUAAUUGCAACCAGCCGGAGGCGGGGAUUAAGGAAAAAGAGCCAAUCAGGAGAGUGCGAGGGCGUGCCCGUGGGGGGCUUAUAAAGGCGGCCCAUAGCGCGCGGGGCGGCAGUUGGGCUGCGGCGGGCUGCGCUGAGGUUGUGUUCUUGAGGUCCUCCUCUUCUCUGGUCUACCUCUUCGACUAUGUCCGGCCGGGGCAAGACUGGCGGCAAGGCCCGCGCCAAGGCCAAGUCGCGCUCUUCGCGCGCGGGUCUCCAGUUCCCGGUGGGCCGCGUUCACCGGCUGCUGCGGAAGGGCCAUUACGCCGAGCGGGUGGGCGCCGGCGCCCCGGUCUACCUGGCGGCCGUGCUCGAGUACCUCACCGCCGAGAUUCUGGAGCUGGCGGGCAACGCGGCCCGCGACAACAAGAAGACGCGAAUCAUCCCCCGCCACCUGCAGCUGGCCAUCCGCAACGACGAGGAGCUCAACAAGCUGCUGGGCAAGGUCACCAUCGCGCAGGGCGGCGUGCUGCCCAACAUCCAGGCCGUGCUGCUGCCCAAGAAGACGAGCGCCACCGUGGGGCCGAAGGCGCCGGCGAGCGGCAAGAAGGCCACGCAGGCCUCACAGGAGUACUGAGGGCCUCCGCGCCGGCCCUCGGCCCUCGUCCUGCCACCACAAAGGCCCUUUUAAGGGCCACCACCGCCUCACAGAAAGAGCUGAGCCACGCGGGGCCGCGUCCCCGCCCCCCUCCGCGCGCCCCCGCCGCCGCCCGCGUGCCCGCGCUCCGCCCUUCCCCCCGCCGCGCGGCUCCGGAGGCCUCGGCCCUUCGGCCUGCGGGAGCAAGGCCGACCUCGGAUCCCGCCCCCUGCGGGGCCCGCGGCAGCCUCCGCGACCUCGCCUUGCCGCCUGGCCGGGCUGGGGCCCAGCGGCGCCCUGAAGGUGAGUCCCGCCGCAGCCGCAGCCUGCGUCUGUUCAGCGGGUGCCCAGCCCUCGGCAGCCGGGACUGCUGAGCUCCGGGCGUCGCGGGAGAGAAACGUUAACCUAAGCGUCGAAGUCUGGUGUCGCCCUUGGCCGCCUCGACCCGGGGCUGUCUCGUCACAUCCCCGUCCUCAUUCAUAGGCCUUCGUGGCGCGGCCAGGACAAAGCUCUGUAAGACGAGCAGCCUUCUUCUGAGGACGACUGCCUCCUAGGGAGAAGUUGCGGAGAGGGCAGAGGUCUGCGGCUCGGAUCCGACGCUGGCUGCGCGAUCCGCGGGAGUUGUAUUUGUGCCGCGAGUGACGGCCGGCGGCGCAGCCAUCCACCCCGUCUGCGACUGGACUCGGCGAUCAGAGACCACACGAGGCGGCCGAUCCCUGUCUGGACCGAGCCUCAGUCGGCUUCUGAACUGGAAUUGUGCAGCUAACCCAUCCAAAACUAGAACCCUAGGUAAUGGGGAGUUUGAAAUGGACUGUUUUGUUUAUUAAAGGAUUUUUUUU